UCCCAUGACCCAUGACAGCUGAUUGUUAUUGUUAUUCGUUCCUACCGGAAUUGUGGCAGAUAACCUUUUCUGCUCCUUUCGUUGAUCUGUGCGUGUUUUUUUGGCUCUAAGUCUGCAACAAUGGAAAAACAAAGAUUCUCACUGCUACUGCUUGAACCAAGCGAAAUAUACUUCGAGGACUUUUCGGUGGACAUCGUACGGGAAGAAUUGCCACCGAACUUAGAUGAUGAAUUUCAAAUGAGUGGACGAUUAAAAAUGUGUUCCAAAUCGCUGGUGUUCGAGGCGAAGGGAAGCAACAGCGUGCCGUUGAUAAAGAUCAUGUAUAAGGACUGCAUAACGAUCGACCGGCAGGAUAAUGGCAGUGCGAUGAAUGCCGACUGUCAGCGGCUCUCGAUACGGUGCCGGCAGCACAUCGAAAUGCUAAACGCGAACCAGAUACAGCCGUACCGAUUCGUGCAGAAGGAAUGUACGUUUCUUUUCCAUUUCCAUUACGCUAAGCUCGACGAAUGUCUGCAGCAAAUAUGUCAGCUGUACCGUGCCUCAACGUUACCUUCCUACGAACAAAAUAGUAUGAUAGCUACGAUAGUGUAUUCGAGACAUAGUCGUGUUAAGUUCAAUCCAUUGUGGCUGACCAAUCUUUAUGAGCGGACGAUAUCAGAUUUCCAGGUGGAAGAAAUCAACCCUCUCAUCGUCAACCCGGGUCGUUUGCUUAUAACAAAUAAAUUCAUAUACUUCCAGUACUACAAUAACAUCCACACGAAUCCCGUACUGAAAGUUGGUAUAAAAUAUAUCAUCGGGCUGUCCAAACACCGUUACCUAUUGCGUCAGAUUGGACUGAAAAUUCGCUGGAACGAAAAGCAAUCGUCCGAAGGUACGGAUCAGUGCCUUUAUUUAGUGUUUCGCAAUCAAACUGAUCGUGAUGACUGCUGUCGAUGUAUUAGCGGACAGCCGGACUACGCUGCCACCGAACAGAGCCCGGAGAGCAUGACAUUAAAAUGGCAAAACGGUCUCGUGUCGAAUUACGACUAUCUGCUGUACCUGAACAGUCUUGCCGAUCGAUCGUUCCAGGACUUGACGCAGUAUCCGGUGUUUCCAUGGAUAUUAACCGAUUACACAGGGAGUGAAUUGGAUCUCAACGAUACGAGCGUGUACCGUGACCUUAGUAAGCCCGUUGGUGCACUAAAUCCCGAGCGUUUGGCACGGUUGCGCAUGCGCUUCGAGGAAAUGGCUGAUCCGAAGUUUCUUUACGGUUCACACUAUUCCACGCCCGGAUUCGUCCUCUACUAUCUGGUGCGCAAACAUCCCGAGUUAAUGCUUUGUCUGCAGAACGGCAAAUUCGACCAUCCGGAUCGAAUGUUUAAUUGUGUCGCGGAUGCAUUUAACAACUGUCUGAACAAUAUGUCCGACUUUAAGGAGUUAAUACCGGAAUUUUACGAUACAAACCAAAAGGGAGAUUUUCUGCUGAACAGCAUGAAGAUAGAUUUUGGUGCCCGGUUUGAUGGGACGCCCGUCAGCAACGUGGCGCUUCCACCGUGGGCAUUAAACUCCCCGGAACGGUUUGUGCGGUUGUUAAGGGAAGCGCUCGAAUCCGACUACGUGUCUGCCCGGUUACACUCGUGGAUUGAUCUUAUCUUCGGCUACAAGCAGCAGGGCAAGGCUGCCCUCGAUGCGGACAAUGUGUUUUACCAUCUGUGCUACGAGGGUUCGGUAGAUCUCGGGCUGAUCAAUGAUUUAGCCGCCCGGCAUGCAAUCGAAGUGCAGAUAUCAGAAUUUGGACAAAUUCCCAAACAACUGUUUCGUACCGCACACGUGUCAAAGCUGUUGGCAAUACCACCGGCGAUUGGUACGAGCACGCAAAUGAUCAUACGCAAAGCGAUGGAAUAUUACUCCCACAAAGACAUCAUCACGGCCGUUGCUGUGGACCGGACGGUCGGCAAUAUAUUCACCACCAGCAAGGACGGUACGAUGACGUGCUACAGCCUUAGCGAGAAGCGCAAAAUACGGAGCGUGCAGUUGAGCGAUUUACCGAUCAGCUCCGUCCAGAUUGCAGACGACCGGUCGAUCAUAUUGGGCGGUUGGGAUGAUACGAUUUUAAUGUAUAAUUUUGACUUCGGUAAGAUUUCCCACACCAUACGAGCACACGAUGACGCCGUUUCUUGCAUUUCCUACGUACCGUUUUAUGGAUUGCUUGUGUCCGGCAGCUGGGACUGCAGCUUGAAGGUUUGGAAUAAUUUUAAUAACGAUUCGGUGAUUGGAUAUCACGUACUGGAGGAGAAGAUCGUAUCAAUCGAUACGUACGCUGGAGAACGCUCAAAAAUUAAUGUUGCUGUCGGACUGCAAAAUGGCGAGCUGCUGCUGUACGAGCUGGAUUCCCCCUCCAUUCACAAACCAACGCUCUACACCCGGGACAGCCACAAGCUGCUGCAAACGCACCGGAGUGCCGUGUGCGAGGUGAAGUUUAACGACAAAGGCACGUUGAUAGCGUCGUGCGGCGAAGAUCGAACGAUAUACGUGACGGACGCCGACAGUACGAUGACCAUUUGUCGGAAGGAGCUGAAUGCGAUAGUACGGUGCCUGUGCUGGACGCCGGACGGUAAAUACCUGCUGAUGGGCGACUGUACCGGGCUGCUUCACGUUUGGAACAUGCUGCAGGGUAUAGUGGAGAGCGAAGUGAGCUUGCACAGUGCAUGCGUGUAUCGUAUCGAAUGUAUCGAUGAUAAACGGAUAGUAAGCUGUGGAAAGGAUGACAAUAAUUAUUGUAUCAAAUUGUGGGACGUUACCACAUAACAAACAUGGUGGUACUGUUACGUUGUGGACUAACACUGGUAUGGUCUUGCAUUAUAAAUUUAUAUUACCUUUAAUUUACAUUUACCAUACCGGUUUAUAUUAACACAGCUGUCACACUUGAGUCAGAAAAAGAUUUUGCAUUUCUUUUUUUUCAUUUCGAUCUACUUUGUUUGAUACGAUCAGCGUUAGAGAAAUGUGCCGAAAUUAUACCCAUUUUUUAUAUAAAAAAAAACCUAUUUUGAAAAUGGUUGAUUCUCAAUAAAGACAGACGUUGAAGCGACUCACAUACUCAGAAAAAAAUAGUUUUUUCUUUCACUGUUGCAUUUAAGCCCAAUAAAAAAAAAACAUUCGAGCUUUAGCUUAUUACCAUUUUAAUAAAUACCAUGCAAACUUUGUUUUCCGACGGAGAAAGUAAAAAUACCGAUCGUUUGACAAGGUUCAUCACAUCAAUAAUUGGAUUGAAUAUUAAAGAAUGAGAUAAAAUAGGCUUGCUAGAGGCCUUUUCCAAUAUUUGUUUCCAAUUUGUUUGUUUGUUUGUUUGUUUUUUCUUUUACGCUUCGUUUCAUAGAGCGUA